AUGUCUGGCAUCGACGUCGAGGCGUUGCUUGAUUCAACAGCCGAUCCUGGGCCUAACGCCACCAAACCAUCUGGCACUUCAGACCAGAAAGACCAUGAUAUCGAAAAGAAAACGGACCGUGAUGGACGCCGUGAGCGGGACGGCUCCCGGGACCGUGACAGGGACAGGGAUCGUAGACGCCGUGAUCGAAGCCGAGACCGACGCCGCGAGAGGGAUGUCGAUGGAGACGAAGAGAUGAAGAGCCCAAAAAGCGAUCGCGCAAGUGCUAACGGGAGCCAUAGAAGCCGAAAGAGAAGCAGAAGCCGCGACAGCGAGAGGAAACGCUCCCGCCGUGACCGGGACCGGGGCGAUGACGCCUACCGCUCUUCUGGCGGCGGUGGAGACUUCUACAGAGGCGGUGGCCGGACUCGAUCCCGCUCCCGAUCCCCGCUCGACGAUAGAUACUAUAGGCCCACUGGCAGGCCUCGUCGGGAUGGAGAUGAUCGGGAUGAUGACAAGCGCCGCUCCAGGCGUGAUAGGGACGGCCGUCGACGCUCGCCCAGCAAUAGUCGUCGCCCCAGCAAGACUCCUGAACCUCAACUGACUGAAGAUGAACGCGACAGACGUACCGUAUUUGUACAGCAGCUUGCUGCUCGCCUAAGAACAAAGGAGCUCAUCGCUUUCUUCGAGAAGAUCGGCCCGGUAAAGGAGGCCCAGAUCGUGAAGGACAGGGUUAGCGGGAGAUCCAAAGGUGUUGGUUAUGUCGAGUUCAAGAACGAAGAAUCCGUCCCACUUGCCAUCCAGCUUACUGGACAAAAACUUCUAGGAAUCCCCAUUAUCGCCCAGUUAACAGAAGCCGAGAAGAACCGCCAGGCCCGUAACCCUGAUUCUCACGCCAACAGCAAUCACCAGGCUAUUCCCUUCCACAGGUUGUAUGUCGGUAAUAUUCAUUUCAGUAUCACUGAGAGCGAUCUGCAGAAUGUCUUCGAGCCGUUUGGCGAACUUGACUUUGUCCAAUUGCAAAGAGAAGAAGCUGGACGCAGCAAAGGAUACGGCUUCGUGCAAUUCCGUGACCCCAACCAAGCCCGUGAGGCUCUCGAGAAGAUGAACGGCUUCGACCUCGCUGGUCGUCCCAUUCGUGUCGGCCUAGGAAAUGACAAAUUUAGCCAUGACCCGGCUCAGCUGAUGCAACGACUUCAACAGCAGGGCCAUAACCAAGGUUCAUCGUAUUCCCACCAUGGUGGCCGUGGAGCCAACUCAGGCGGUAGCUCUGGCGGUAACUUCGACCGUGCCGGUGGCCGUGAUAAUGACAAGGGCGCUGGCGGAGCGAGCGCUUUAGAUGACACAGACGUCGCCGGUGUGAACUUUAACAAUUAUAGCAGAGACGCAUUGAUGAGGAAACUCGCGAGAACAGAUGAACCCGCCGCUGAACCCGCCCCUGACGAGAAACGUAAAGCUCCCAAAGCUCGCACAGAAGCUAAACCUCUCCCCGUCACUGUCAACAUGGCAAGUCGCUGUGUCCUUUUGCGGAACAUGUUCGAUCCAGCGCAAGAGGAAGGAGAAUCCUGGGUCAAAGAGCUCGAGGAUGACGUCCGCGCUGAAUGCGAGGAAAAGUAUGGUCAUGUUGUUCACAUUUCGUUAGAUCCCAACACCCAAGGCGACAUCUAUCUUAAAUUCGACCGUGUUCAGGGCGGUGAAAAUGCCAUCAAAGGCCUGAACGGCCGAUUCUUCGGCGGCCGACAGAUCAGCGCCCAGCCCGUUGUCGACGCAGUUUACAGCAGUCUUUUCUCCCGAACCAAGGCUAUAUAA